AUGGCCUUUGGCCUGGCAAUAUCUGAGCAUUCUCACUCCAGCGGGCACCCCUCUUUGGAAACUUCGCUCAUAAAGCUACCUUGCAUUGAAAGCCAGGAUAAACUGCAAGACUCCGACCCAGCCGAAUUAAUUGCAAAGACUGAUAAUGUUAGAAAGCAAACGAAGUUUUUCUGUGUGGAUUUAUCUUUCUUAGAUUGUGUUGAACUAACCCUUCUCCUGUUUUGCUAUUUGCAGAGACGCCGUGCCCAGAACCGAGCAUCGCAACGCGCAUUUCGCGAGCGCAAGGAUAAUCGUAUCAAGACUUUGGAAGCACAACUAAGUAGCCUUGAAGAAGAACACGCCAAACUACUCCACUGCCACCAUGAACAACGACGGACGCUUGAUCGGAUGAAUGGCCAUGUGCAGGAACUCACGGAUGAGAUCGAGACCCUUCGUUGCUCGAGGCCGGCAGAUAAUGUUGGUCACUUUGCGGCGUUUGAUUUGGUGCCAAGUACCCAGGCUAGUACCGCAACAAGUCUGCAGCCAGACGUGUGCAAUGAUACAGAAGAAGAUACUACCUUCGCGAAACCUCGCACAUGA